AUGAGGAACAAGUGCAAUGCAUUGACCAAUGAAGACGAGGUUUAGUACAAACCCACACCGCACUGUGUUCUUCCCUUCUUCUGCCUCUGCCUUUUCUUACUCACUCACUUCAACUCAAUUAUAAAAACCCCAUUAUCGCUCUCACUUUCUUCCCUUUUCUUUUCACCUCUCUUCAACCUCCACAACCCAUUCCAACCCUCAUCUUCUUCCUUCCCAUGCCCUUUGGGAUUUUACAGAGAACAAGUAAUGAUAUCAAGGCAUGGUUCAACGCGGCAUAACUAAAAAGCGUUUCUUUCGUCUUAUGGCAUGUCUCAAGAUGAAGAAGCACUGCGUGCAACCCCAACAACGCCUUUCUCUUUCAAUUCCCAAAUUUAUCGCCAGAUAAACCCCACAUCGCUCAUUUCUUUCCCACCCCAUGACAAUCUUUCCCUUCUUCUGCCCCUUCUUUAUACUCUUCUUCACACAAACAGGUUACGUGCAAGCGUUCACCGGAACCUAUGGUAUAAAUUACGGGAGGAUUGCAAAUAAUAUUCCCUCACCUGAUGAAGUUGUUACUCUUCUCAGAGCAGCAAAAAUAAGGAACGUUAGAAUCUAUGAUGCUGAUCACAGUGUUCUCCAAGCAUUUAGUGGAACUGGGCUUGAAAUUGUAGUGGGACUUCCCAAUGGGCAGCUGCAAAACAUGAGUUCGAGUGCAGACCAUGCUUUGAGCUGGGUAAAAGAAAAUGUACAGACAUUUCUUCCAAACACAAGAAUUCGUGGAAUUGCAGUAGGCAAUGAGGUUUUGGGUGGGAACGACUUUUCGCUGUGGGGAGUUCUUUUGGGUGCUGUUAAAAAUAUUUACAAUGCUACUAAGAAGCUUCAUUUGGAACAAGUGGUUCAGAUUUCCACUGCAAAUUCAUUUGCGGUUUUUGCGACUUCCUACCCUCCCUCCUCAUGUAAAUUUAAUGAUAAUGUUAGUCAGUAUAUGAAGCCUCUAUUGGAGUUUUUCCAACAGAUCGGCUCUCCUUUCUGUUUGAACGCUUACCCUUUCUUAGCCUACGCAAGUGACCCUGAACAUAUUGAUAUAAAUUAUGCACUUUUUGAACCAACAGAGGGAAUUUAUGAUCCAAUAUAUCGUCUGCAUUAUGAUAACAUGCUCGAUGCUCAGAUUGAUGCAGCCUAUGCAGCUUUGGAGAAUGCUGGAUUUCACAAAAUGGAAGUUAUAGUUACUGAGACUGGCUGGGCCUCAAAUGGAGAUCAAAGUGAAGCUGGAGCAAAUGCAACUAAUGCAAGGACAUACAAUUAUAAUCUGCGGAAAAGGCUUGCUAAGAGGAAAGGAACCCCACACAGGCCUAAAAAUAUUGUGAAGGCAUACAUUUUUGCAUUGUUCAAUGAGAAUGAGAAGGACGGGCAUUUAUCUGAGAAGAACUAUGGACUCUUCAAGGCUGAUGGGAGUAUAUCAUAUAACAUUGGUUUUCAUGGACUUAGUGCUGGACAUUCAUCUCUUUUGUCUCUUAAGGACUAUAUGGAUUUGGAAGUAUGUAAUUCUGAAAAGUGUAUUUGAAGCAUGCUAUAUAAAGAAGUAACAAAGAAAGUAUUGAGAAAUUUGCGCCACAAGUUGACAAAGGAUGCCGGGCCAUGUCAAGAAAUUGCACUUCAUUCAAUAUGCAGUUAUCUAAUUUGAAUUACUCUAAGAAAAUAGAGAUUGUGAAAUGUGUUUUUCCUUGGUACUACUUUCCCUACUAUCUAGUUAUAGACUAGUAGCAGAACUUCUGGCACCAGUACUUCAAUUUGUUUUCCGUAUCUGUAUUCUUACCAAUAUUAUAGAAUACUUCAUUGAUAGUAGUAUCAAGGAAGUAUCCAAACCUAUGAAAUUCAAACACGGUGUGAAGCUUAUUGAGUGAGGGAAAAAGUCUAUGGCUGGUCUGAAUUGAUAGGUGGUUUAAUCAAUGAAUAUUGAAUUCAGUACUUGCACUAACAGUUGGAAUUUUAAUUUUGCUGAUAAAGAAGUUAGAUUAUGCAAUGUUUCAUAUUCUGUGCUUUUGGUGUUCACUGUUUGGUUUUAA